AUGGAAUCCCAUAGUGUGGAGAGAAUUGAGACUCAAAAUCAGAUUCCACGAAUUAUGGAGCCUAGUAAAGGAACCUCUUUCUUUAGAACAUGUUUCAAUGGUAUUAAUGCAUUAUCAGGUAUUGGAACAAUAUCAGUACCCUAUGCACUUUCACAAGGAGGAUGGUUAUGUUUGAUGGUACUUUUUUUAGUAGCAAUUAUAUGUUGUUACACAGGAAUACUUUUACAAAAAUGCAUGAGUGUUUCACCAUCAAUCAAUACAUAUCCUGAUAUUGGUGAAUUUGCUUUUGGUAACAAAGGAAGAAUCUUGAUAUCAAUUUUCUUAUAUCUUGAACUAUACUUUGUUGCAAUUGAGUUCCUCAUAUUAGAAGGUGACAAUUUGCAUAAAUUAUUCCCAAAUGCAAAAAUUCAUUUUGGUUGUGUUAAAAUUGUUGGAAGGGAAGGAUUUGUUUUAUUAGUUGCUAUUGUAAUAUUGCCAACAACAUGGUUGAAAAGUUUAGGUUUAUUGGCUUAUGUUUCUAUUGGUGGAGUUUUGGCUUCAAUUGUUUUGGUUUUUUCAAUAUUUUGGAUUGGUGCAAUUGAUGGUAUUGGAUUUGAAGAAAAAGGUGUGAUUUGGAGAUGGGAUGGAUUGAUAAGUGCAAUAAGUAUGUAUACAUUUUGUUAUAGUGGUCACGCUGUUUUCCCAACAAUAUGCAAUUCCAUGAAGGAUAGGAGCCAAUUUCCCAAGGUGAUAAUAUCUUAUUGA